AUGGCUUCUGGACCAGAAAAUGAUCUCUCCUGUCCUGUCUGUCAUGACAUCUUUAAAGAUCCUGUUAUCCUGACAUGCAGCCACAGCUUCUGUAAAGACUGUCUGCAGAGAUGGUGGAGGGCGAAACAAGAACAGGAGUGUCCAGUGUGUAAGGCUGUAUCUGGAAGUAACAACCCGCCUCGUAACUUGGCGUUGAAGAAUCUGUGUGAGGCCUUCUUACUGGAGAGAGACCAGAGAGAUCAGAGAGAUCAGAGAUCUUCAGCAGGGUCUGAGACUCUCUGCAGUCUGCACUCUAAGACACUCGAACUCUUCUGUCUGGAUCAUCAGCAGCCAGUCUGUGUUGUUUGUCUGCAUUCAGAAUCACACAGAAACCACAUAUUCAGACCCAUCAAUGAAGCUGUACUAGAUCAUAAAAGGGAACUCCUGAAAUCCCUGAAGCCCUUACAGGAUAAAAUGAAGCUCUGUAAAGAAGUUAAAGGAAAGUGUGAUCAAACAACAGAACACAUUAUGGUCCAGGCCAGAGUCACAGAGAGGCAGAUUAAGGAGCAGUUUAAGAGGCUUCAUCAGUUUCUACAAGAGGAAGAGGAGGCCAGGAUCAUUGCUCUGGUUGAGGAAGAGGAGCAGAAGAGUCAGAUGAUGAAGUACAAGAUUGAGGGUCUGAUUAGAGAGAUAGCAGCUCUUUCAGACACAAUCAGAGCCACAGAGGAGGAGCUGAGAGCUGAAGACAUCUCAUUCCUGCAGAACUACAAGGCUGCAGUGGAAAGAGUCCAGCAGCACCCCCUGCUGGUUGAUCCAGAGCUGGUCUCAGGAGCUCUGAUAGACGUGGCCGAACACCUGGGCAACCUGACAUUCAACAUCUGGAACAAGAUGAAGGAGGUGGUCUCCUACACUCCUGUGAUUCUGGAUCCAAACACUGCUCAUCCAGAACUCAUCCUGUCUGAAGAUCUGACCAGUGUGAGACGUGGAGAGAGACAGACGCUUCCUGAAAACCCAGAGAGGUUUCAUCUUUGUACCUCUGUCCUGGGCUCCGAGGGUUUUAACACAGGGACUCACCGCUGGGAUGUUGAGGUUGGAGACAAUACAGCUUGGUCCAUUGGCAUGGCAGCAGAGUCUGUCCGAAGAAAGGGACACACAGACAUUAAGUUGGGUUCAUGGGCGAUUAAGUUCAGUAAAGAUAAAUAUACAGCAGUCUCUCCACUGCAUCCCUCCACUGUUCUCUCAGUGAAGAAGAAGCUGCAGUGGAUCAGAGUUCAUCUGGACUACAACAGAGGAAAACUGUCAUUCUCUGAUCCUGAUACUGACACACACAUACACACCUUCGCACACACUUUCACUGAGAGACUGUUUCCAUUCAUUAGCACUUGGAAUCAACUCCCACUGAAGAUAUUACCUGUGGUCUCUGAUGAUGAAGAUAAUGAUGACAGUGAUGGAGGUGUUAUUUUCAGUGGGCCCAGUGCAUCUACAGCCUUGGUAAACCCAUUUUCAAUUUAAAACACUGAAGUCUGUGUCUACAUAACUGAAUCAAA